AUGGGCAUUGUCUCCGGCCAAGACAACUCCCUGGCGUCUUUCUCUUUCAUCACGCCGACCGCCCACACCACCCUCGUCACCUCCACUGUGCCUGCCGCAGCCAACGUUGCUUCGAUCAAGUCACACAUCCCCAUCUUCCUCAACAUGAAGGCCGCAAACUACACCAUGUGGUCCGUGUUCUUCAAGGUGUUGUGUGGCAAGUUUCAUCUGCUGCAUCACAUCGAUGGUUCCAUCCCCGCUACUCCGACCGAUCCGACGUGGGCUCAAGAGGACUACAUCGUCCUCUCAUGGCUCUUCGGCUGCAUCCAUGAGGCCGUGCUCACCGUCACGGUCGAGCCCACCCAUACCGCACGAGAUCUUUGGCUUUGCGUCGAGGGGCACUUCCGCAACAACUAUGAGACCUGCGCCAUUUAUCUUCAUCAUCAAUUUCACUCGAUCAUGAAGGGUGAUCUGUCAAUAACGGAGUACUCCUAG